AAACUAAAAUUCAAACACCAAAAUUCUAGCAAGUCCUAUUUUUCUAACAAAUGUACAUACGCAGUCUCUAGAUCAAGCAAACCAAGCAUCUCCACGCAAACUGAAACUGUUGUUCAAACACGCAGUCUCCACUUCCUCACCUACCACGAACCCUAAAGUCAACGUGGUACAUUUUUUUUACCUAUUGAUCUAGUAUUUAUAUAUAAACACCACAGCGCAUUUUUAGCAACAAGCCAAACUAGCACACAAGCGAAACUUGUGACCGAAGUGGCCACUGAUCGACGGCCCGCAUGGAGCUGAACCUCGUGUCAUGGGUGUCGUCCCUCCUCCUCCUGGCGCUCUCCGCCGCGUAUGUCUACUACACGACGAGGCGCCGGUCGCCGCAGCGGCUGCCUCCGUCGCCGCCGGGUUGGCCCGUCAUCGGGCACCUCCACCUGUUGUCCGAGAUGCCCCACCACGCGAUGGCCGAGCUGGCGCGUACCAUGAAGGCGCCACUGCUUCGGCUGCGCCUGGGCAGCGUGCGGGCCGUGGUGAUCUCCAAGCCGGAGCUGGCACGCGCCGCGCUGACCACCAACGACCCGGCGCUGGCGUCGCGGCCGCACCUCCUGUCGGGCCAGUUCCUGUCGUUCGGGUGCUCCGACGUGACGUUCGCGCCGGCGGGGCCCUACCACCGCAUGGCGCGGCGGGUGGUGGUCUCCGAGCUCCUCUCGGCGCGCCGCGUGGCGACCUACGGCGCCGUCCGGGUGAAGGAGCUCCGCCGCCUCCUCGCGCGCCUCACCAAGAACACCUCCCCGGCGCAGCAGCCCGUGGACCUCAGCGAGUGCUUCCUGAACCUGGCCAACGACGUGCUCUGCCGCGUCGCGUUCGGGCGGCGGUUCCCGCACGGCAAGGGCGACAAGCUCGGCGACGUCCUCGCCGAGGCGCAGGACCUCUUCGCCGGCUUCACCGUCGGCGACUUCUUCCCGGAGCUCGAGCCUGUCGCUAGCACCGUCACUGGCCUCCGCCGCCGGCUUAAGAGUUGCCUGGCCGACCUCCGCGCGGUCUGCGACGAGAUCGUGGACGAGCACAUCAGCGGCAAGCGCCAGCGCAUCCCUGGUGACCGUGAAGAGGAUUUUGUCGACGUCCUGCUCCGAGUCCAGAAGUCACCAGAUCUGGAGGUCCCACUCACCGACGACAACCUCAAGGCCCUCGUACUGGACAUGUUCGUGGCCGGCACCGACACGACGUUCGCGACCCUGGAGUGGGUGAUGACGGAGCUAGUCCGGCAUCCACGCAUCCUGAAGAAGGCGCAGGACGAGGUGCGGCGUGUGGUCGGUGGCAAGGGCCGCGUGGAGGAGUCGGACGUCGGCGAGCUCCACUACAUGCGCGCCAUCAUCAAGGAGACCUUCCGGCUGCACCCGGCCGUGCCGCUGCUGGUGCCGCGGGAGUCCGUGGCGGCCUGCACGCUCGGCGGCUACCACAUCCCGGCCAAGACCCGCGUGUUCAUCAACACCUUCGCCAUGGGCCGGGACCCGGAGAUCUGGGACAGCCCGCUGGAGUACCGGCCGGAGCGGUUCGAGAACGGCGGCGAGAUCGACCUCAAGGACCCGGACUACAAGCUGCUGCCGUUCGGCGGCGGCCGGCGGGGAUGCCCCGGCUACACCUUCGCGCUGGCGACCGUGCAGGUGUCGCUGGCCAGCCUGCUGUACCACUUCGAGUGGGCGCUGCCGCCCGGCGUUGCUGCCGAGGACGUCAACCUCGACGAGUGCUUCGGCCUCGCCACCAGGAAGAAGGAGCCGCUGUUCGUGGUCGUCACAAAGAGCGAGGCCUACGAGUUCAAGGGGGAGGAGCUUAACGAGGUUUAAUUAAUAAGUGUGAUUAGAUUAUGUAUAAUAAGUCUUGGCGUCUUGGUUCCAAAUAAAGUUUGAUGAUUAUUAACUUUAUUGUUAUUUUACAGAGCAAGUAUUUUGGCUAGUGUUCUCUCUUGGGGCGCUAAUAGACAACAUUGUAUUUUUAUUUCUUUUUGUAACGUAGCGGUUUGCGGAAUAUAAAAAGGAUGUACAAGGAGGGCGUAUGGAUGUGGCUACAUUUUUUAUAAUGUU